AUGAGGACUCAGGUAGCCCUGUGUAACUACCACCCACAGACUCAGGUAGCCCUGUGUAACUACCACCCACAGACUCAGGUAGCCCUGUACUCAGGCAGCCCUGUGAAACUACCACCCACAUACUCAGACAGCCCUGUGAAACUACCACCCACAGACUCAGGUAGCCCUGUGAAACUACCACCCACAGAUUGUAGCAGCCCUGUGAAACUACCACCCACAGACUCAGAUUCAAGCAGCCCUGUGAAACUACCAUCCACAGACUCAGGCAGCCCUGUGAAACUACCACCCACAGACUCAGACAGCCCUGUAAAACUACCAACCACAGACUCAGAUUCAAGCAGCCCUGUGAAACUACCACCCACAGACUCAGGCAGCCCUGUGAAACUACCACCCACAGACUCAGGCAGCCCUGUGAAACUACCACCCACAGACUCAGGCAACCCUGUGAAACUACCACCCACAGACUCAUGCAGCCCUGUGAAACUACCACCCACAGAUGCAGGCAGCCCUGUGAAACUACCACCCACAGACUCAGGCAACCCUGUGAAACUACCACCCACAGACUCAGGCAGCCAUGUGAAACUACCACCCACAUACUCAGGCAGCCCUGUGAAACUACCACCCACAGACCCAGGCAGCCCUGUGAAACUAACACCCACAGACUCAGACUCAGUCAGCCCUGUGAAACUACCACCUACAGACUCAGGCAGCCCUGUGAAACUACCACCCACAGACUCAGGCAAUCCUGUGAAACAACCACCCACAGACUCAGGCAACCCUGUGAAACUACCACCCACAGACUCAGAUUCAAGCAGCCCUGUGAAACUACCACCCACAGACUCAGGCAGCCCUAUGAAUCUACCACCCACAGACUCAGGUAGCCCUGUGAAACUACCACCCACAGACUCAGGCAGCCCUGUGAAACUACCACCCACAGACUCAGGCAGCCCUGUGAAACUACCACCCACAGACUCAGGCAACCCUGUGAAACUACCACUCACAGACUCAGACUCAGGCAGCCCUGUGAAACUACCACCCACAGACUCAGGCAGCCCUGUGAAACUACCACCCACAGACUCAGGCAGCCCUGUGAAACUACCACCCACAGACUCAGGCAGCCCUGUGAAACUACCACCCACAGACUCAGAGUCAGGCAACCAUGUGAAACUACCACCCACAGACUCAGGCAGCCCUGUGAAACUACCACCCACAGACUCAGGCAGCCCUAUGAAUCUACCACCCACAGACUCAGACUCAGGCAGCCCUGUGAAACUACCACCCACAGACUCAGGCAGCCCUGUGAAACUACCACCCACAGACUCAGGCAGCCCUGUGAAACUACCACCCACAGACUCAGGCAACCCUGUGAAACUACCACCCACAGACUCAGGCAACCCUGUGAAACUACCACCCACAGACUCAGGCAGCCCUGUGAAACUACCACCCACAGACUCAGGCAACCCUGUGAAACUACCACCCACAGACUCGGGCAACCCUGUGAAACUACCACCCACAGACUCAGGCAGCCCUGUGAAACUACCACCCACAGACGCAGAUUCAAGCAGCCCUGUGAAACUACCACCCACAGACUCAGGUAGCCUUGUGAAACUACCACCCACAGACUCAGGCAGCCCUGUGAAACUACCACCCACAGAGUCAGGCAACCAUGUGAAACUACCACCCACAGACUCAGGCAGCCCUGUGAAACUACCACCCACAGACUCAGGCAGCCCUGUGAAACUACCACCCACAGACUCAGGCAGCCCUGUGAAACUACCACCCACAGACUCAGGCAGCCCUGUGAAACUACCACCCACAGACUCAGAUUCAAGCAGCCCUGUGAAACUACCACCCACAGACUCAGGUAGCCUUGUGAAACUACCACCCACAGACUCAGGCAGCCCUGUGAAACUACCACCCACAGACUCAGGCAGCCCUGUGAAACUACCACCCACAGACUCAGGCAGCCCUGUGAAACUACCACCCACAGACUCAGGCAGCCCUGUGAAACUACCACCCACAGACUCAGGCAGCCCUGUGAAACUACCACCCACAGACUCAGGCAACCCUGUGAAACUACCACCCACAGACUCAGGCAACCCUGUGAAACUACCACCCACAGACUCAGGCAGCCCUGUGAAACUACCACCCACAGACUCAGGCAGCCCUGUGAAACUACCACCCACAGACUCAGGCAACCCUGUGAAACUACCACCCACAGACUCAGGCAGCCCUGUGAAACUACCACCCACAGACUCAGGCAGCCCUGUGAAACUACCACCCACAGAUUCAAGCAGCCCUGUGAAACUACCACCCACAGUCUCAGGCAGCCCUGUGAAACUAACACCCACAGACUAA